AUGGCCGCUUUUAUGAAAGUGGGAGUGGUUCAAGCGACAAAAGCCUACAAGAAUAGAGUGAACACACGUGAUUGUGACUUCAAAUCUCUUUUCCGGUUCGAGAGGAAGAAUGUGGAAUGGAUUGCAGCACACUUUUUGGGAGAAAAACUUGAACAUCGUGGAGGAGCGUUGUCAUCCGAGCAAAAAAUGAAGAUAUUCCUUCGUUAUAUGGCAGACCCUGGAUUUCAGACCGGUGUUGGCGAAGAUGUCGGUGUGGAUCAAACCACCGUUAGUCGAACCAUCCAUGAGGUUAGACAAAAGAUUAUAGAAAAAGCCGGGUUAUGGAUAAAGUUUCCACGAACGGUGGCAGAAGUCCUGGAAGCCAAACAGGAUUGGCAACUACGAUUUAAAAUUCCUUCUGUGAUUGGUGUCGUCGACUGCACUCAUGUGCGAAUCCCAAAGCCAAACCAGGACGGCGAUCAAUAUAUAAACAGGAAAAAUUACCCGAGUCUGAACGUGCAGGCGACCUGCAACGCCAAAGAGUGGUUUACCAGCGUCACCGCGCAGUGGCCUGGAUCCGUACAUGAUAGCAGGAUUAUGAAAAAUUCAGAUCUGUUUUCUCUGAUGAAUAAAACACGAGAUACAAUUAUCUUGGGAGACUCUGGAUAUGCUAUAUCUCCUUGGCUGAUCACACCAUACUCAAAUCCUGUCGACAAUGUGCAACGCCAUUUCAACAAGAUAUACGCGAAAGAACGAGUGAUCAUUGAACGCUGUUUUGGGCAAGUCAAAAAACGUUUCCCAAUUCUUCAUUACAAAGUUCGAACUGCCCUACAUACCGUCCCAUCCGUGAUUAUUUGUUGCUUCGUGCUGCAUAAUAUUGCCAAAUAUUUAAACGAUAGUGACGACUUUCCAGAACUCGACGACAAUAAUGAUAAUGGAGAGCCUGAGCCAGCAACAGUGGGAGACCCCGUCACACUUUCAGACCGAAGAAUUAGAGAACUUGGACAGCAGAAACGAGAUCACAUUGCAAAUAUUAUAUUCCACAAUCAAUAG